AUGCCAGGUGCCAACUGUGCUUUAGUGGGGUGCUCAACUAGUCGAAAGAGUGAUCUUUCACUAUUUAAAUUGCCUUUUGCCGGGCAAGGUGACUCCGAGGUCACGGUGAAAUUAAAGACGGAUGCGCGUAAAGAAUGGCUUCGAGUAAUUCGUAGGACAAGGGAAAUGACACCACAGCUGAAGACGAAGAUUGAAAAAAACACUAUCUUUUUGUGUGAACGCCAUUUUAAACCUGAAGUGAUUUUUCAACGUAAGUAUUGACCUCUCAAUUUUGCGCAAAUUUAUGGUAAUUAGACACUUCGUAUAUCAUUUACAUGUAUUAAAAUAUCAGUUGUUAUUAACUGUAGGAUAAACAUUGUGCAAACUGUUUAUAGUUUACUUUCAAUUCUUUUUCAGAUGCGAAAAGAAAGUCCUUAGCAACUGGUGCUGUUCCUACGGAAAACCUCCCGUUAAAAAGUCAUGAGUCGAAGCCAAAAACACGACGGCCUCUUGUGCGACAGAAUACCGCGGAAGCUUGCUCGACAUCAGAAGGUUCGCCACCCGUUGAGAUGACAAGUGCGGAUUUAAUUUCCGAUGAAAGCCUGGAAGAGUUUGCCAGUAAGAUAAAAGAAAAGAUACCAGAUCCAUGGGUCAUCACAACGUGCAACAACACGGAGAUUAGAAUAGAACUUUGGGAUUCCAGUUACUCGAUUCCAAGAUACAUUCUACAUGUUGAUUCGGGCUUGCAGUUUUCGCUACAUGUUUACAAUUGGCUGCUACCUGAUAUCCAUCCUUUAUACACUACGCACCGACGACGAAUGGACUCUGCUAGAGUUGUUGACUUUUUGGAAGCUAUCAAAGGUGAAAAAUAUCUCAUUUGCGAAGGAUUACGCCAAGAUCAGCAUGUACAAUCUAUUGCUAAAGAUCCAGGUGACGCGAGCCAUACGUCCUUCAGCAAUUCUGAUGUUAUGCGGCAUUCUAUUCCAAACAGAGUCGAUAUGGAUUCAAAUUUUGGAGUUCUGGUAGUUUUUCGUUGUGUAGAUUGCCAGCUAUUACUCGGCAGACAAGUUGAUGAAGAGCAAGUGAUUUGUGAUCCAUGCAAGAAGUUACAAAAGAAUAUUUUGGUGCAACAAAAUCGAAAGAGUCGUUCUUCUAGUGCCCCUGCUAAAGCUAAAGCUCCAUUGACUGCCUGUAGCUCAGAAAAACUUAGAGCAACAGUGGUAGCUAAGCGUUUGGAGUGUAAACAAUUGGAAGAUAAAAUGAAAAAGCUGCAAGAUAAAAUAGAAAAGAGUGCUGUGAGUGUGAGUGAGCCCCUUGAAAAGGAUCUGAUGACCAUCAUGAGCGGACAGAAUCUAGAUUCCACCCCACACAUGAAGUUCUUCUGGGAACAACAAAUUCACCUCCUGAAAACCAAGAAAAUGGGCCGUAGGUAUUAUCCACAAAUGAUACGAUUUGCACUAUCAAUACAUUGCAAAUCUCCUUCUGCAUAUCGGGAGCUUAGAGACAGUGGAGCUCUAAUAUUACCAAGUGAGCGUGUUCUUCGAGAUUACAAGAACUAUUUUAAACCUGGAGCUGGCAUCAUUAAAGAAAACAUUGAAGAAUUGAAAGAGCAAACUUCAAAAUUUACUGGGAUCCAAAAGUAUGUUGCAGUCGUCAUGGACGAGAUGAAAAUUCAGGAAAAUCUUGUUUUUGACAAAACCUCCGGUGAACUGAUCGGUUUCAUUGAUCUUGGAGAUCCAUUAACGACCUAUGCCAAUGUAGAUGAAGAAACCCCUAUUGCAUCCCAUGCACUGGCUUUCUUGGUUAGGGGGCUUUGCACUAAUUUGAAGCAUGUUGUUGCCUAUUAUUUUACUGGCAAUGUGACAUCAUUUCAGUUGCUUCCAUUGUUUUGGAAAGUAGUUGGAGUGCUUGAAACAACAGUAAAAUUAUGGAUAAUAGCAGCUGUUAAUGACGGUGCUUCCCCUAACCGGAAACUCUUUGCACUCCACUCAAAGCUUGGCGGCACACUACCAGAUGGUCUUGUUUACAAGACACCCAACCUCUUCUUCCUGGCUCGAAUGAUCUAUUUCUUUGCAGAUGUGCCUCAUUUGAUCAAAACUGCCAGAAACUGCCUCUAUAACUCUGGGUCAGGAUCGUGUAGUCG